AUGUGUUCGGAAGUGGUGGACUUCAGCCUGCCCAGAGAGGUGCUGGAGAUGGUGUUCACGCACGUGCCUCUAGUGCAUUUGUUGACUGUCGAUGCAACUGUCUGUCGCUUCUGGUACACAGUUAUCCACAAUCCUACGUUUAUUCCGUGGAGAAAAGUUCACCUUAGACUGAAGCUGGCGCCUUGGAGAGUACCAUCCAACAUGCCGCUCCUCCACACAUGGAAGAGUGAAAAGCUGCCAACCAUCCAACUCAUAUCUACCGACUGUCAGCGCCACGGGUUUACUUCCGUGAGAGACUGUAUCCCCAGUGUCAUCAGGAUGAUGGGCAGCAGACAGGGGCCAGGAGCUGGAGCAGCCACCAAGCUGGUCCUUGAGAGACACAGACUGUACACCUUGGCAAGUGAUACUCUGGAGAACAUGGAGGAGGCACUCAUGCCCAGACCCUUCAACCUCUGGCACUUCGCUACCCUUAUUGUGUUCUUGUCGGAGGACGUGUGGGACGUGGAGAGGGUGGUCGACCUGCUGCUUCACCCACACUCUUCCCUCACGUACGCUGCUGUCACCGAGGCCUUCUACUGCUUAGCCACCCUUCUGAUUUACUGUACAGAUCACUUCCAUUUUCCAACAAGGUGA